AUGCCUGAGCUUUCCAAGGUCCACCCUGAAGUCACAUGGGCCCAGCGCUCAUCUGCCGACGAAGCUGAGCGCAAUUACCUUUAUGUGAACAUCAAAGCUCCUGAUGUAGAUCGUAAAGAAGCCACCCUCAAGAUUACCCCCACCAAUGUCACAUUCGCCGGUGAUUCCAAGAAGGGUGUUCGCUAUGAAGUCUCCCUGGACUUGUACGCUGAGAUCGACCCCGAGAACUCCAAGGUUAACCACAGUGAUCGUGAGGUCGAGCUGGUCCUGCGUAAGAAGGAGCUGAAGCAGGAAUACUGGCCCCGUCUUCUGAAGGACAGCCAGAAGGUCCACUUCCUCAAGACCGACUUCGAUAAGUGGGUCGAUGAGGAUGAGCAGGAUGAGGCUCCUGAGGACGACUAUGCGAACAACUUCGGCGGCCUCGAUGCCCUCGGCGGCGGCGAGGGUGGUCUCGGAAACAUUGACUUCUCGAAGCUUGGUGCAGGCCUUGAGGGAAUGGGUGGUCCUGGUGGCCCUGGUGGCCCUGGUGGUUUUGGUGCUGAGGGCGAGUCGGAUGACGAGGAGAUGCCCGAGCUUGAGGAGGCUGACAAGGAUGCUGAGGAGUCGGCUAAGUCCACUAAAAUCGAGGAGGUCUCUUAA